CUCAUUCUCAGAUUAUUCUUCUUCUUCGAUGAGUCCCCAACUUCUGUCACCGCACAACUUCAGAGAUCUCUUCGAUUCCGUCGAAGCUUUUCUGUUCGACUGCGACGGUGUCAUUUGGAAGGGCGAUGAACUCAUCCACGGCGUUCCACAAACUCUCGACAUGCUUCGCUCCAACGGCAAGAAGCUCGUCUUCGUCACCAACAAUUCCUUGAAGUCGCGCGCUCAGUACGCCGAAAAGUUCCGAUCCUUGGGAAUUUCCGUUUCGCCGGAUGAGAUAUUCUCCUCGUCUUUUGCGGCUGCUAUGUACCUGAAAGUCAAUGAAUUCCCUUCACAAAACAAGGUUUAUGUAAUUGGUGGGGAGGGUAUACUGGAGGAGUUGCGGCUUGCUGGCUUUACAGCUUUUGGCGGUCCUGGCGAUGGAAAUAAAACAAUAGACCUGAAGCAGAACUGCUUUGUUGAACAUGAUAAGAGUGUUGGAGCUGUAGUGGUUGGUAUAGAUCCAAACAUUAAUUAUUACAAGCUUCAGUAUGGAACCCUUUGCAUACGUGAAAAUCCAGGAUGCCUCUUCAUUGCCACCAACCGUGAUGCAGUUGGACAUAUGACUGCUUCGCAAGAAUGGCCUGGUGCCGGGUGUAUGGUUGCUGCUAUAUGUGGAUCAACCCAGAAGGAGCCUGUUGUGGUGGGGAAACCGUCAACCUUUAUGAUGGAGUUUUUACUUAAGAAAUUCAACUUAAGUUGCUCUAAGAUGUGUAUGGUGGGUGAUAGACUAGAUACUGAUAUAUUGUUUGGGCAAAAUGCUGGUUGCAAAACACUUCUAGUUUUUUCAGGUUGCACAACUCAAUCAGUUCUACAAGACCCUUCAAAUAAUAUUCAGCCUGACUACUAUACAAGCAAAAUUUCUGAUAUGCUUGACUUAUCAGGAGCAUAAAUUGCUUCUUCCCAAUUUAGACAUUCUUGGGUGACCCAUUGAGAUUAUAGAACAAUGCUCUACAGAUUCACGCAUACUUCAUUGGACAUCUAUUUGAUUUGCACAAUCUAAUUAUUGCUGAUCUCAUCUGGAUUUCUAAUACUUCACUCUGGUGUGAGGUGAUGUGCACCAACCAUUAUUGGAGGCUGUAAUAGUUCUCCCGUGUAUCAGAAUCAUUACUGUUGUAAUGGUUUUAAAAUAGCACCUAGUUCACAUAAUUCAACUGUUCUCAAAUUUCGUUGCAGAAUUAAGUCUGUGUGUUUGGUACUCAA